AUGCAGUGGAUACUUUUCAUGUUGCUGUUAUUCAUCAACUCCAUGGAAAUGCUCCUGCAGAACAGAAGGACGAAACAAGCGAGCGCUGGCUUGUUUGAGAACUGCACGGGCUGCGUCAUGUGCUCGGAGGAUAACGGGUGCAUUGCCUGCCAGCAGCGUCUCUUCCUGCUGAUCUGGAGAGAUGGAAUCCGCCAGUAUGGGGCGUGCGUCCACGCCUGCCCACCUGGCUACUUUGGGCUGCGAGGCCAAGAGGUCAACAGAUGCACAAAGUGCAGGUCGCCGAGCUGCGAGAGCUGCUUCAGCAAAGAUUUCUGCAUGAAAUGCAAAGAGAAGUUUUAUUUGCACAAAGGGAAGUGUUUCAGCGCGUGCCCGCCUAACACCACGGCCCAGCCCAGCACCAGGGAGUGCCAGGAGAUGUGUGAGAUGGGACCCUGGAGCGAAUGGAGCCCCUGCAGCAACGAGGGGAGAACAUGCGGCUGCAAGUGGGGAUCGAAGACCAGGACGCGCGAAGUCGUCAGGAGCACCAAAGAGGAGGUGCUGACCUGCCCGGCCCUGCUGGAAUCCAGGAAGUGCAGAAUGAGGAAGCAUUGCCCUGGAGAGAAGCCCGGAACCAUCAAGAAAACGAAAAGGGAAAAGAAACAAAAGAAGCAGAAGGCAGAUUCGCUGGCAUGCACCUAA